UGCGUGCGAGUGUCCGCGCCGGCGGACGAGCGCCUGGAGCGCAAACUGCAGCUGCACUUCCAGUCCCCGCAGCGCUCGGGCGGCGGCGAGUGCAGCCUGCGCCCCGGCCCCGCGCCCGGCACCUACCUCGUGUGCUUCGACUGCCCAAAGGCAAAGGAACGGGUAAAAUCACGUGGACGUCAUGAGAUACAGGUGGGCGACAGAAAUGUGGAGAUCUCAAUUGAGCCAGAGUUGGAUGCAGCAGAUCCUGGGGAAAGCCAGUCGGCACCGCUGUCCUCAGGGUUAUCUGCUUCUUCAGGCUUCUUGCAGCCUCAGAAGAGUACUGCUAGCCAACACCUGGGUAAGGAACGUGACAACAGUUCAUCUAGCGCUUUUACUGAUAAGAUUUUUCUCCAUGUGUCUGCCACCUUGAAUACCCACCUGUUCACUAAGCAGCAAAGGGAGGAAGUGAUCAGUAUGUACCCAGGCUUAAAACCAGAAAAAAAUCCUAGUGACCAUGGGAUUGAGAAAGUGACAGGAACCUAUGCAGAUAUUGAAAAAGUGUAUCACCGCUUUAAUCAGCUCCUCGUAAAGAAUGACCAACGUGCUGAUUUUUUACAUGCUGAAGGAAUGAAGGAGUUGGAAGAUAAGAAUGGUGUGGAUGGAGCGAGCAGUUUUGAAGUGCAGUCAGCUCUCUAUGAAUACUUUAACCAUGUCUGCCAGGAACAAAUUGAAGAAUUACAGCAACGUUUCAGUGUAGAGAUAAAAAGCCAGGAACAAGACAACGGGCUCGUUUCAGUGUACAUCCUAUCUGCUGGGAGUCGUGGGUUGGCAGAAAAUGCUAAACAGUCUUUUAUCACCGCUUUUCAGAAAGUAGCAGUAGAUUUGAAACAAGAGAAAGUGGAGUUUGCAAAUAGUUCUGAGUUGGAUGAAGCAGUACAGAAAGUACACACCAAGUUCAGGGGUAUUCUUGCCAAAAAGCAUGGGAAUACAGUAAUACUCCGGGGUCCAGCAAAUGAGAUCAAAGUGGCAAAAACAUUUCUAGAAGAGAAAAACAUGAACAGCCCAGUUGAAAGAAAUAUGAGAAUAGGAGCUGGAUAUUACACCCAUAAAAAUGGAAUUGAAGUUGAUGCUACUGAAUUUGAAUUGGCAGAAACUAUGUUAAAUAAAGAAAUUGAAGAGAUAACAGUAAAUUUUGAUACUACCAUGGAAAAAAAGCCCUGUCUACAUAGCCAGAAAUUGCGCAUUAUAUUUAAGCCUAAGAACAAGGAUUCCGAUAUGUCUUCACAUGCAUAUGAAAGCUUCAUCACUGCAUUUCAGGUUAUUUCAUCAAUGAUCGUUCAAAAAGCCUUUCUAUUGAAACUUCCAGCUGUUCAGGAAAAAGAACUGAAUAAAUACCUUGAUCACCUGCAAUCAGAAAACUUGCAUGUAAUAAUCAGGAGAAAGGAAGACAAACUCCUUUUAACUGGUUUAUUGGAUUCCGUGCUUGCUGCUGAAAAGUGCAUAUUCAGCUGGCUGGAGAACUCGACCCAAAUGAAAACUGAAACAGCUCCAAUUAAAACUGGAACAGCCUAUGGCACCCAACAGUCUCAUGGGGCCAACUUUACAGUGACAGCAGGAGUAUCGCAGGAAACUUAUAGAGGAAAAACGGAUAGAUUAUCUUCCGAAGAGCAAUCUAGACCAAAGGCAGAAGGAGAAGAGCAAGCCCAAGAGAGCUGUGCUAUUUGCAUGGAUAAAAUCAGUGAAAAAGUAACACUGUCAAAGUGCAAGCAUGAGUUUUGCAAAGUAUGCAUUGAUAAGUCAAUGCAGUAUAAGCCAGCCUGUCCUAUCUGUAAUACUUUCUAUGGAUGUGCAAAAGGCAAUCAACCAGAAGGAUCAAUGUCUAUCUCCACUGCAUCUUAUUCACUUGCUGGUUAUCCUAAAUGUAAUACCCUUGUGAUCAGCUAUCAUAUACCAAAUGGAAUUCAAUCUAAGGAUCAUCCAAACCCAGGGAGACCAUAUAGUGGGGCUCAUCGAACAGCAUACCUACCUAACAACAGGGAAGGAAGAGAAAUUCAGGAGCUGCUUAAGAAGGCUUUUAAUCAAAAGUUGAUCUUCACAGUGGGUCAGUCACGUACUUCUGGUGCAAAUGAUGUUGUCACCUGGAAUGACAUUCACCACAAGACACGGAUAGAUGGGGGACCACAACAGUUUGGGUACCCUGAUCCAAAUUAUCUGAAACGUGUUCGGGAAGAACUGAAACUAAGCAGCAGUAAGGGCUACAACAGGAAACCAUUCAAUGAGCUUCUUCAGGCAGCAAAAGGGCCAGCUUGUAUGGAGUUUGCAAGUAAUCCUGAGAGCAGCACUGCUGGACCAGAAGAAACUCCAGAAAGCAUGAGGCAGCGAGUCCUUAACCAAAAGAACCAUGAAAUCGAAUGCGCAGAGACGGGGAAGUUGCAGCUGGUGGUCAGGCAGCUGGAAACAACGAGCACAACCCAGAACAAAGAGUCUCAGGAAGAGCCGAUCCCGCAGCAGGAGCCAGAGCCGGAGCCAGCCAGCACAUUCCAAGAGCCAGUUCAUGAAUCCGAAGCAUUUGUUCCAGCCCCUAGUGCUGAUGGGAAUUGUGUGUGUGUAGAGCAAGAGCAAAAGCCAGAUCCUUCAGGGAAAUUUGGAGGAGAGACGACGCCCUCUAAGGAAUUCACUGUGGUCGUCACAACUGCCACUGGGGAGGACAUUGAAGAUGAUCUCUUGGAAAUGUACUUUGAAAAUAAAAAGCGGUCAGGUGGAGGACCCAUCAAGUCCUAUGUCAGAGACGAUCAACACAUUUUCAUCACCUUUGAAAAGGAAGAAGAUGCUCAAGCCAUCUUGCGACGAAAGAAUCACUCGGUAAAGAAAAUUGCGCUUUAUGUGAAACCAGCCCAAGUGGAGGAUAUUCAAAAAGUCCUGUCUUCAUCCUUGGUUGUGCUAAAAAACGUACAGGAGACUACAAAAGAAUGUGUGUUAACUCUACUGGUGGAGAAUAUCAGUGGCUUAUCAGUAGAUGAUGACGACUUCAGUGUGGAAAUAAUACCUGAAAUAAAUGCUGCUGUAAUCACAUUUAUCAAGACUAUUGAUAUUGAGAAAUUUGUUGAAACAUUCAAUGAGAACCACAGGGCAAAGCAGCAAAAAAUUAAAGCAGGUCAUCUGGAGGAGACCAACAUGAUUAAGAUUGAAAAUUUACCACCUAACAUAUCGUCUGAUUAUAUAAGUAUUUAUUUUGAAAAUAAGAAAAAUGGAGGUGCACAAGUGUCUGAUGUUCAACAACUCCCCGAAGAUAAUGCAGCUCUCGUCACCUUCCGUGACGUCGAGGGUGUAAACACUGUCUUAAGAAAGCAGCAUUCACUCAACCAAGUUCCAAUUUCAGUAUAUCCUUACCACAGCUCACUGGGCACAGCUCUAUAUGGAAAGGAAGGGCCACGAAUAAAAAAACCAGAACCAAUCAAAAUGUCUCUGAACCCUCAUAUCUGGAAGUUUUUGCAGGGGGAUCAGAAGCUAAUCCAAAAAAUAAAUCACAAUAUGGCAGAUUGCAACUGUGACAUAACAUGGCCACCACCCAAUUGUGGAAAUCCCCAAAUUGUGCUGUCUUUCUCCAAUGCUUUGUCCAGCCACAAAAGAUUAAUGGCUCAGGUGAUCAAGACAUGGAAUAAAGACGUUUCUGCAAAGUUUUCAAGUAGCAUAUCGGAGUACAAGACUGCUGAAUAUAAAAUAAGUUCAGAGGUGUGGGAAGCCAUUAGAAACAGUGCGAAGAGGGAUCAGGUCUUGAUCAUACCUGACAUUUCCAAGGAGAUGGUUGUCUUAGUAGGUGGCAAAGAGAUUAUGAAAGACGUAGAGCCAGAAAUGAGCUUGCUCAUAGAAAAGGCCACUAAAAAGAUAGAAAGAGAAAAGAAUGUUACUGAAGAAAAGGUGUCCGUUGCCCCAGGAGAGUAUGCAGUUUUAAACACUUCUAGACUUGAAGAUGUUUAUAAGGAGUAUCCAUCCAUGAAGAUAACUUAUGAUCCUUCAUCAAAGAAGCUGAGCCUGUUUGGUGUGGCUGAAGAUGUUUAUAAAAUCAAAGGUGAAAUACUGGAAAAGGUGCACGGCCUGGAAAAGAAAGCAAUCCCUAUGCAUCCGUACAUUUGCCAGUUCCUACAGCACGUAGAUAAUGAAGCGGUCUCACAGAGCUUAUUUGUGUCAAAUCAAAUUAGUGCCUUUUAUGAGCUUGGUGAUGAAGUCCUAAUGCUGAUAGGAGCAUCUCCUGAAGCACUGCAAAAAGCAGAAGAAGUAAUGGUGAGGGAUUUGACCUAUAAAUGCAUUGAGCUGGAGGAUCAGUCAGUCCUCAGAAAGCGAGAAUGGCAGGACCUCACCAACCAUUUGUACAGAGCACACAACUGUUCGAAGGAAAGCCUAAUAAUUGAUGAGAUGGAGGAUCGGAUCGUUAUUGCUGGUUAUUUUAGAGUGGUUGGAGAAGCCUAUCAGCAACUGAAUGAUUUUUUAGAUAGAAAUAUCCAACUACAAAAGAUCAUCAAUGCGAAGUGUGUGGCAGUUGUAAUGUUUUUAAAGGAACGGAAGUCCAGUGUUUGCCUGGAGUUAGAAAAAAAACACGUGAAAAUUGAAUUUGGCACGCAGGCUUCACGCAAGAGCAUUUCCCUGAGUGGAUCGAAAGUGGAGGUGCUGAAAGCAGCGACGAUGCUCGAACAAAUUCUGUCUACGCUGCAUUCGAAAAACGUAUUAAUCAAUAAACCAGGGGCCAGGCAGUUUUUCAAAGACUUUGAAUCCUUAUAUAGUAGUGGGGUGGAACAAAAAUUUAAGUGUCUGAUCAGGCUUCAAGAAGAGGGAGAAGAAUGUGAAAAAGAUGACAAAGUUAGUAACAUUCAUAAGCAAUCAAGUGGGACCUGUUGGACCAAAUCCCUGCUAAAUGGGGUGCUGGUGGCAGUUUAUAGAGGUGACUUGUGCAGUCAUCCCGUCGACGUUAUAGUGAAUGCAUCAAACGAAGACUUAAAGCACAUUGGUGGCCUUGCCGGGGCGCUUUUAGCAGCUGCAGGCCCAGACCUCCAGACAGAAUGUGACCGCUUUGUGAGACAGCACGGGCGUUUGCAACCUGGGCGUGCAGUUAUUACAAAACCUGGGAAACUCCCUUGCAAACAGGUGGUGCACGCUGUUGGUCCCAGGUGGAAGCAGAAUGAAGCAGAAAUGUGUGUGCAGCUUUUAAAAAAAGCAGUUAAGGAAAGUCUAAAACUCGCUGAAACGUACAAUCAUCGUUCCAUUGCACUCCCUGCAAUAAGCUCGGGGCUCUUUGAAUUCCCGUUAAAGUUGUGCGCGCUUUCAAUCGCAACAUCCAUUAAGGAAGCCUUGGAAGAUUCCACAGGCGACAGCUGUUUGAAAGAGAUUCAUCUUGUGGACACUGAUGAGAAGACCGUCAAGGCUCUCAUUGAUGCUUUGGAAGAAGUGUCAGGAGAGAUGUCGUCCCCAUCCUAUUCAUCAGCUGAGCCUGCAGCAGAUUCCCAGCCCUCAAAAGCUAGAAACACUCAAGACAGAGAGGAUCGCCAGAUGGUAACUACAGCUGAAGGUCUGAACAUCAGGCUGUUGACAGGAGGCAUUGAAGAUGCAACAACGGAUGUCAUCGUGAGCAGCGUUGCCCAAGAUCUAAUGCUUGAUAAAGGUCCGCUGUCAAAAGUCUUGCUGAGCAAAGCAGGCCCAGUGCUCCAGACAGACUUAAAUGAAGAAGCCCAAGGAAAAGUAGCUACUGGAGGGACUGUGUUCCAAACAAAGGGAUACAACCUAGGCUGCAAUUUUGUGCUUCAUGCCAUUAUUCCUGCAUGGGAUAAUGGGCAAGGAUCUGCACAGAAGACCCUAGGGGACAUCAUUGAAAAAUGUCUGCAGAUCGUGGAGGAACAGUCUUUAAAGUCAAUCACAUUCCCUGCAAUUGGGACGGGGAAUUUAGGAUUUCCGAAAACAACUGUUGCUAAACUAAUGUUUGAGCAGGUGUUCCAGUUCAGCAGUAAGAUGAAUUUAAAAUCUCUUCAGGAAGUUCACUUUCUGAUCCACCCAAAGGAUACAGAUAAUUUUCAGACAUUUUCAAAUGAAUUGGAAAACUGCACAAGUGGAAAUACUGCCAGUCCCAAGGGGCACAAAUCUGUACCAAGGAGUGGUAAGCAACAGCCAGUUUUCUUUGGGCCCAUUGUGACCUCAGCAAAAGGAAGAUAUGAAAUGCAGAUUGGCCCAAUUAAAUUUCAAGCAGGACAAGGAGACAUAACCAAAGAAGACACAGAUGUCAUUGUAAACAUAUCAAAUAAAAGCUUUUCCUUCAAAGCAGGUGUCUCUAAAGCAAUUCUGAAAGGUGCUGGAUCAGAGGUUGAAGCUGAAUGUGCUCAACUAGCCACCCAACCUCACAAUAACUUUAUAACCACUCAAGGUGGAAAUCUGAAGUGUAAGAAAAUUAUUCACCUUGUUGCCAGUGAUGACAUCAAAGCUCAGGUCUCUAAAGUGCUUCAGGAGUGUGAAGAGAGAGGAUACACAUCUGUUGCCUUCCCAGCAAUUGGAACAGGUCAGGCAGGCCAUGAUCCUGCUAAGGUAGCUGAUGCUAUGAUGGAUGCUGUUGUGGACUUUGCAAAUGGUAAAUCUGUUCAAUCUGUGGAAAAAAUCAAGAUCAUUAUCUUCCAGACACAUCUAAUGGAUGUGUUCCAUGCGAGCAUGAAGAAAAGACAAGGUACUGAGCAGGUACCUCCUACACCUGCACCACGUUCAUUCCUCUCCCAGGUUGCAUCCUAUUUUGGAUUUGGAAAACGCCCAACAGAAAAAUCCUCCAUUGUGGUUUCAAAGAUGAAAACUAUGCCAGCCAUUUUUCAGAUUUGUGGUGAAAGCCAGAAAAAUGUAGAAGCAGCUGAAUCAUGGAUUAAGAACCAGAUUUUAAGGCAACAGCUUGAAAAGACUAUAUCGGAGGAAGGGAUUUCAGGUUUUGGUGAAAGGGAGUUUGAGAAACUGAAAGACCUUCAGAAGAAACUAUACAUUGACAUUGAUUGGGAUCUCAAGGAAGCUGUUCCUGCCAUUCGAGUCUCAGGUGUUAGCCAAGAUGUCUUGCAUGCUUGCUUGGAAAUUCAAGAGCUAAUUAAAAAAGUCAGAGAAACCCAAGAAGAGGAAUCCAAGGCAGAACUUGUUAGCAGCCUAGUUGAGUGGCAGUACAUAGAAAACGGUAGUUAUGUGCCCUUUGACAGUCUGACGAACCUGCACUUGGAGGAUGCUGCAAUGGGCAAACAGAAGGAGAUUGACGUCACUUUUGAAAACAAAAGGUUUAAAGUGGAUCUGGUAGCAAAACGUGCUCUAGAUGAUCGAGGGAAAUGUAAACCUAUCGUACGCAUCUCGAAAACGGAAGAAAAUCAGUCGAUAAUACUCCCUGCAGCAUGGGAAGAUAUGAACCAAGAGCGUGUCAAAGUAGUGCAGCUAAAACCAGAAAUGAAAGAAUAUGACGAUGUUCAGAAAAGAUUUCAAGAGACCUGCGCGUCAUUCAAGAUUGAAAAGAUUGAAAGGAUACAAAAUCCAUACUACUGGAAGGCCUACCAGAUAAAAAAGGAGGAGAUGAAUACCAAAAAUGGCAACACAAAUAAUGAAAGACUUCUGUUUCAUGGAACAGUCAAUAACUCACUCACCAUAAUUAAUUACAAAGGAUUUAAUCGCAGUUAUGCUGGCAUGAAUGCUGCAAACUUCGGUAACGGAACCUACUUUGCUGUCAAUGCCAGUUAUUCGGCCCAUGACACCUACUCUAAACCGGAUGGAAAUGGGAAAAAGUAUAUGUACCUGGCUCGAGUCCUUGUCGGAGCAUAUUGCAAUGGGAAACGAGGAGAUAUCACGCCACCAGCAAAAAAUCCCACCGAUCCUACAGAUCUGUAUGACAGUUUGACGGACAACGCGAACAAGCCUUCCAUGUUCAUCAUAUUUAAUGAUAUUCAAGCUUAUCCAGAAUAUCUCAUUACUUUCACCAGAUAAAUGUUCUUGGUUAUGCACAAGAAGGGGUUGGGGAGGUGGGAUGUGCAGCUUCUUUAUUUGGUAAGAUUACCUCAAAAACUACUGGCUAAUAACAAAUAUGCAACGUUGGAUGGUAUAAGAAUUGAACAUCAUAACUUGAAAUGCUUUACGUUACAUUUGAGUGUCCUUUGCUGAAGCAAAACUUUAUACUAGCCAACAAAAGGACUACUUAAAAAUUUCAGUCUCUGUAAACUGGUAACACAGGUACCCCGUGUGAAGUUUUAAGCUGAAUGUCAGAUAAAUACUCUUCAGUUAGAUUGCAUGUCAGCCUGAUGAAAACAGCUUUCCACUGUUCCCAGUCAAAUUUUAACUGCUAGCCUUUCCUAUGUGGAAUUACGAACAUGCAGAGCUAAUAACGCCACAAGACUGGUAAUAAAUUGCCAAGUUUUUACAGUAGGGUUUGAUAUUACUAUAAAUCAUAGAACAACUGUGCCUAUGCCUAUCAAGCCUUUAAAUGAGCAAAUGUCCAAAAUGAUUUUUAUUUCUAAUUGGCUUUUCUAGCUGUAUCUCGAAUGAUGAUGGCAAAAUGUUGCACUUUUGGUUUUUUGUAAUAAAUGGCUGCUGUAUGUUGCAUUUUUGUCAGUUUUUUGUUCAGAUGUAGCUGGUAUUUCUUUUUAUACAUCUUUAUCACAUUUCAAAAUGUGUCCAUACGUUUCAAAUCUGUAAAGUCUUAAAUCGAGUUUUGCUUUUAAAAGCAUUUUUGUCAUAGCACUGUCCCAUAUUGCACUGAUUACUACUUAAAACAAAAUGACACUGGAACUGUACAUACCAGCAGUUGCAUAUCCACGAUUCCAUUCCUCCACAGCAAACAGCACAAACGCUUAACUAACACACAGUAGUCUUUUUGAAUUUGUAGAAUUGAGCCCUUUGUGUAAUUUUUUUAAUGCAUCUUUUUUUCAUAAGCUAUUACAGAAGCAACACUUAUUCCAGAAUGCAAGAGUUAUAGCUAUAGCGAGAUAGUGGUGUAGUUCUGGAAAAAAUAUUAUCUUGAAGAUAUUGGGGAGUUUUGAUCCAGUGCAGCUGUGCCAGUGCACCAGGUUAACACAGGUAAGUCAUACCACCACCUACCCAAUUCAUACCACUGUAGUGAAUCUACACUGCAAAACUCCCCGCACCAAACAAGUCCUUAGAAAGUCCUGUAUCACUGCUAAAAGUAAAAACUCCCACUCUUUUUUUUCCACACUGAAAUAUCGGUU